AUGGCGGGAACCAACGAACCUGACGCUGAAGAAUCGCAUAAAAACGAAUGCUCCUUUGAAUGGGACGAAGAAUCUCAUCUCUACUACCAUGCCAGUACUGGAUUUUAUCAUGACCCCGGAGCAGGAUGGUAUUAUAGCAUUAGAGAUGGUGUUUAUUAUAAAUAUGAGGAUGGAAAUUAUGUGCCAUUGGGGUCUGACCAGGAUGUUCAAUCCGAUACGAAUGGUUAUGGUGGUAUUGUUCUUGAUAACUCUGUUCAAGAUGAGUCAUGUAUACGCGUACUUUGUCAGGAGGAUGUGGAUGACUCUUCACUCCACGCAGCUGAAACUGAUGCUUGUAAAGUAGGUGAACCCAGUACAGGUGAGCCAGGGUGA